AUGGCAAAAACAUCGGAAGUUAUUGCAGGCAUAGCCCUGGGCAUCCCAAUAAUGAGUUGGCUGCUGGUACCCAUCAUCACCUUUCUCGUGAACAAAUUCUUUUCCAUCCUCCUUAACGACACAUCAAGAAAACUCAGUAACCUGGAGAACCUCACUAUCCCAAGUCUGAAGGAGACUCUGAUAGAAGUAGAGGAGCAGAGGAUGCUUAGAGCAGCUAAAGAUGCGAGGUCUCAGUCUGAUUUGAGGACUCUCGAUGGACUGGCGACAGAACUCAAAUCUGCCUUGUAUGAAGCGGAGGAAAUCCUGGAUCUGAUAGAUUACUAUCGGAUCGAGAAGAAAAUCGUUGAUGAUGCCAAAGAGAAUGGCAGAAGCUGGGUGCAGCAAAUCCUCUGCGCUUUUGGCGCUUGCAUGGUCCACUGCAAGGGCAGCAGCUGGGUGCAGCACCUGCACGACGGCGUUGACUUUUGCAUCACCUGCUGCAAGGGGAGCUUGUUCGGAAGAUCAGGUGGGCAACUUCCAAUUUCCCGUGCAUCCUCCAUUUCUGUGGUGUAG